GCCAUCAUGCGUUCAUUGGUCGAGACCGUCCCUCAGCCGCACGACAUUGUUGUGAACACCUUGAAGCGAAGCGGAUGGAGGAUUGAAUGUGUCCAGCAUACUGUUUUGAUAUCGUCACGAUACGCAUGCUUGAUUUUGUUUCUACUCAACGGUCGUGCUGACUGAUCACGCAUUCUGUCUUCGUUUGCUUCAGGCCUUAGAGACCUCAACCUAAAGACGGGAAUCAUAGUUACCAAAGUCGAGACUUAAUCCUGUUCCAGCUUGAUCCAUUCAUGAUGGAUACUCAGCCCUGUUCAAAUUGCCUGAAGAUGGUGGACUUCGUGAAUGGAAAUCAGCUCAGCCACUGGAUUUCAUCUGACACAGCGUGGACCCAAGUUCCCGCGUUCGAGAGUCUUUGUCAUUACACCUUCGCGGCUAUUGAGCAAUCUACGUCUGGUGGUUGCCCACUAUGUACUAAGCUACAUGCGUGGUCAAGGCAACACAGGAACGAAGACGGGCAUGUAGGACUAGAUAUCAAUGCUCAACCUAAUGUCGCCCAGAAUGGAGUAUGGAAGUUUCGAUUUGGGCUGAGUAAUGGCGAUGGAGAGCGCCUUUCGAAUGACUCCGCUGCCGCGCGACUGACUUUCACAUGUCAUCCUCUCCAAGCAGACGAUCUUGAUACCGGUUCCGGCGCCCUCAACUUGUAUGAUGGCUUCGAAAAGGGCAACUAUUCGCUGCGAAACACUGGAAGUCUUCAGUCUCUACAACGGGUCCAGCGUUGGCUUCAGAACUGUGUCCAAAAUCACAAAGAAUGUUCGCGAGACAGAGAUACUGCAGUGUAUCCACCACGUCUGCUUUGCCUGAAGAACUCCAAGAUCAGACUUGUCAGGGAUACGUCCAGCAUGAUAGGAACUCCAUACGCUGCUUUGAGUCACUCGUGGGGCCCAAAUCCACAGCAACUCAUCUUAACAACGGACAAUCAAUAUGAACUUAGCGACGCCAUCCCAGAGAAUGUCCUUCCACAAACUUUCCUUGAUGCCAUCGAAGUCACGAGAAAACUGGAUUUGGACUACCUAUGGAUAGACUCUCUAUGCAUCAUUCAAGCUGGCAGCAACCACGUGGCAGACUGGCUUGGUCACUCAGCCAUCAUGGGAUCGAUCUAUCAGAACUGUACUGUCAAUAUCGCUGCGGCUCAUGGACAUGAUGCUCGGGCUGGUUGCUUCGUAGAUCGUGAUCCGUGUGAAAUCGCGCCGUGUGUUGUGCAAUUACGCAGAGUGACCAGGAUUGAGGUUGGAGAUGAUGGCGAAUUCUCGCUUUGUCGCGAUGAAGAGCAUACGCCUCAUCUGUUGGUCCCAGAGCCGCUUCUUACGGAUAACGUUGGCCACUUUCACCUCGACACCAGAGCGUGGGUCUGCCAGGAACGUUUACUGUCGCCACGAACCAUUCAUUUCGGUCAGAAGCAGCUGUUUUGGGAAUGCGGCAGUUCGCAAAACGUCUGUGAAACAGUGCCUGGAGGUGUUGCGAUAGACGAUCUGCCCAAGCCAGAUGAGUUCCCGUACAUGGGAGAGGCAAUUGGGGUUGGAUUCAGUUGGGGAACGAUGCGCUUCGAGCAAAGCGUUCCACCGUACAGCUGGAGAUCGCCGUCCGCUGAGCUCCAGUAUGAGCACUGGUUGAAGACGCUCCAUGGAUAUGUCCAACGCAAUUUAACAAAGAGUUCGGACAAGCUUCCUGCCAUUGGCGGAAUUGCACAAAAGACUGCCGAGGUGUUGAACGAUACCUAUCUGGCCGGUCUGUUCAAGUCCAAACUACCAGACGCUUUGCUGUGGUCGCGAGUGCAGAAACACAAGCCGACCGGAGGCCGAAGCCAAGACCAGUUCUUUGCACCGACCUGGAGCUGGGCGAGCUUGAAUGGCGAUCUUGACUUUACUCCUCUAGCAGAGGAGAACAGUAAGCAGCUAUGCACCAUCAUUGCAUCACAAAUCGAGCCACGGGAUGCUAUGAAUCCCUAUGGCCAGAUCCUGACUGCUUCUCUGACCAUUAAAGCGCCAUUUGUGAGGUUCGAAAAAGCCUUGCUUGAUGAUCCGAAAAGCUGGAUAUACCACUUCGCACAGCUGCAACUAAAAGGCCUGGCGGGCAAACAACAACUGCUUUAUUUCGACUUCGACCCCUGCACACUUCAAUGCAGAACUCUUUUUCUGAUUGUUCUUAGAGAGAAUGCACGACCGACGACAUACCCAGGCAGUGGAAAUAUGGAGGAAGCCGGCUUGAUCUUGGCGCCCGUCGUUGAGGGGAACGCAGAGUGCUUUGUAAGGAUUGGGGUUUUCAAAGGCAUUGAAUAUUACGGACAUCAGAAGAAGGCUGAUUACGAUCGAUACGCAGAAUUUACGAUAAUUUGACUUUUGAACGUGGACAACUGGAUCCGGAGCAAGGAACCCGUUUCGUACAUCAAUAUAGGUGGCAAAGCUCAUCACGACGGAGCAACGGCCUAUGAAAUGCUUUUCAUUACUUAAGGAGUCAAAAUUCAAAGCCAGUGCCUUGUGACUUUCCAGCGU